UGCACCAUAAGCCACUAGUUGCCAGUCAUCUGCCAAGCAUAUAGUUGCUUGGUUUGUCUGCUCAGACCAAACAUUUCCAGCUAAGUAGAUGUGAGGGACCAGGGCUAAAGGGGCAGAGGGAAUGAAUGACAUGCCUUCCUGCCAGCCUAGGCUGCCAUCUGCAGGGCAUCGCAUCCAACCAUGUGGCUGCCUCUCCUUCUGGGUGCCUUGCUGUGGGCAGUACUGUGGUUGUUCAGAGACCGGCAGAGGCUGCCUGCCAGCGAUGCUUUCAUCUUCAUCACUGGCUGCGACUCGGGCUUUGGGCGCCUUCUGGCUCUGCAACUUGACCAGAAGGGCUUCCAAGUCCUGGCCAGCUGCCUGACCCCCUCUGGGGCAGCAGCCCUACAGCAGACAGCUUCCUCCCGCCUCCACACCACACUGCUGGAUGUCGCUGAUCCCCAGAGUGUCCAGCAGGUUGCCAAGUGGGUGAAGACACAGGUUGGAGAUGCCGGGCUUUUUGGCCUGGUGAAUAAUGCUGGUGUGGCCGGUAUCAUCGGGCCCACACCAUGGCUAACACAAGACGACUUCCAGCGAGUGCUGAACGUAAACACACUGGGUCCCAUUGGGGUCACCCUAGCCCUGCUGCCGCUGCUACAGCAGGCCCAGGGCCGGGUGGUCAACAUCACCAGUGUCUUGGGCCGCCUAGCAGCCAAUGGCGGGGGCUACUGUGUCUCCAAGUUUGGCCUGGAGGCCUUCUCUGACAGUCUGAGGCGGGACAUGGCUCCGUUCGGAGUACAAGUCUCCAUUGUAGAGCCUGGUUUCUUCAGAACCCCCGUGACCAACCUGGAGAGGCUGGAGAACACCCUGAAGGCCUGUUGGGCCCGGCUGCCUCCAGCCACGCAGGCCCACUAUGGGGACGCCUUCCUCGCUGCUUACCUGCGAACACAGCGCCGCAUCAUGAACCUGAUCUGUGACCCGGACCUAACGAAGGUGACCGGCUGCCUGGAGCAUGCCCUGACUGCUCGUCACCCCCGAACCCGCUACAGCCCAGGCUGGGAUGCCAAGCUGCUCUGGCUGCCGGCCUCCUACCUUCCAGCCAGGCUGGUAGACACAGUGCUCAGCUGGGUCCUUCCCCGGCCUGCCCAGGCAAUCUACUGAUUUCUAGCUUUGCAGCAAGAGGCUGGUUUCGAGGGGCAAGGCAUUUAUUUUUGUCCCCACCUUGGUGCUGCCUGGUUUCUGAUACAAAGUAGGUUCUCAAUAAAUAUGUAUUACUUUAAAACAAAAAGUAGGUGGGCAGAAAUGAAGGCGCUGUGAGAAGCUGACAAGAUAUAAAUCUAUAAAAUCCCUAAGCUGCCCAGGGCCUGAAGUCUGGUCUGUCUAGUGCCUGCAAAACUUCUGUUGUCCACUGGGUGCACCUUAGAUGCUCUUUGGAGCUGCACUUGGAGAGAUGGCCACCAGGGGGCAUUUUUCUCGGAUUUUUCAAGGUAGAGUUGAGAAUGCGCAGUUUGCACAAAAGUAUCUAUUUUUCCUGGGGACAGAGGGGAACAUGACGGAAAAUGGUCAUAGCCAAAUUGGGUGGCUUCCAUGAAAGAAGGAAAUAGUGAAAUCCUCCUAUUAUCUAAGAGUCCAGGACACUGGCCACACAGGUCUCAAGCACCUUAACCAUUCUGAGAGGAGCCAGGUCUCCUUGAGGCCUAAGGGGGAAGGAGUUUACUGGCCUCAGCAUCAGAAGGCCACAAAGUUAAACAGCCAUGGCCCGGCUCCACCCUUGGUGGGAAACCCUUGGACUUACGCAGGAAAUGGCCUCAGGAACUGAAGACUGAGCUGGCGACACAAAACCAGGGGUCAGGGACGAGACUCAGACACACCCUCCUCUGGAUCCCCACCUCUCCCACUGCCAACGCAACCAAUACAUUCAAGAAAAUACUCCGUCAGGGCUGGAGAGAUGGCUCAGCGGUUAAGAGCACUGACUGCUCUUCCAAAGGAUAGGGGUUCA